GUGGAGAGAGAACUUGUGGUGUACAUGAACUAAUUUGCAUUAGAAAAGUAUCUCCUGAGGCAGUUGGAUUUCUAUCAGCAGUUGGGGUACUUAUCAUCUUGCUGUUGAUUCUUUUUCUGUAUAUUAACAAGAAGAUGUGUUUUGAAAAUAUUGGAGGCCUCCCAGACCUCAAUUCCCAUUACACUGCCAGAAAAAAUUCACAGGACAAACUGCAUAAUUUAUAUAUAAAUAAGGACCAGCAUGGUUCAUCAUCGGAGAGUGAAGAUGAGGCACUGGGUAAAUACCAUGAAGCCUUGUCAAGAACCCAGAGUUCAUGGCCACCAGCAGGCAACAGUAGACAACAGAAAAAUUAUCGCUGGGAAACCAGACAAAAAUAUAGCCCUUUGUCUGCAGAGUAUGAUGGGUAUAGUAGCGAAGCCUCUGUAGAUGAAGCAGACUGUAUUCAAAGAAUGAGACAAACACCUCCUCUUGAUGAAUUGCAGCCUCCACCAUAUAUGGAUGAUAGUGGCUCUCCGCAUCUUUCCUGUACACCUUCUGAAUUUGGUGAGAGCAAAUGUGAAUUCUCUCAGUGCAGCAACAGUCCAAGAUGUUCUUAUAAAUGCCCAAGUGAAGGAAGUAACGGGCAUGAAAUAGAAAGUUUCCAUAACAAAGGAUAUGAAGAAGAUGUGCCUAGUGAUAGUACUGCUGUCCUUAGCCCAGAGAAUCUGUCUGUUCAAGGAUCAUCAUCACAGCUCCCUAAAUCUUUUGAUCCAGAACCAGAAGCUAAAUAUGGUACCUUGGAUGUGACUUUCGACUAUGACUCACAGGAACAGAGGCUUUUGAUAACAGUCACAGCUGUCACAGACAUUCCAAAUUAUAACAAGACAAGUGGAAGUCUGUGGCAAGUACACCUAGUUCUCCUUCCAAUCAAGAAACAGAGGGCAAAAACCAGCAUCCAGCGUGGUCCCUGUCCUGUUUUUACCGAGACAUUUAAAUUUAAUCAUAUUGAGUCUGAGAUGAUUGGGAAUUAUGCAGUACGCUUUAGACUAUACAGUAUACGUCGUGUAAAAAGAGAAAGAAUUUUAGGAGAAAAGAUAUUUUACUUAACCAAAUUAAAUCUUCAAGGAAAGAUGUCAGUACCGGUGACUCUAGAACCAGCAUACAACAUUUCUGGCUGUGAGUCCCAAAUGAGCAUGUCAGAGGCAUCCUGCAGCGAAAGUAUUUCCUCUUGUCAAUCUUUGGCACAUGGCUCAGCUCCCGAAAUCCUCAUCGGAUUGCUUUAUAAUGCCACAACUGGAAGACUAGCAGCAGAAGUGAUAAAAGGCAGCCACUUCAAAAACUUGGCAGCAAACAGACCACCCAAUGGACUGUUCUGUUGUCUAAAACACUUGAUAGGUGGACAGGUUUAUAUAAUACGAGAUACAUUUGUUAAGCUGACAUUGCUGAAUUCCAUGGGUCAAGAGAUGUCCAAAUGCAAGACAUCCAUCCGAAGAGGGCAGCCAAAUCCAAUCUACAAGGAGACCUUUAUUUUUCAAGUGGCACUCUUUCAGCUUUCCGAAGUUACACUUAUAUUAUCUGUGUAUAACAAACGCAGCAUGAAGAGAAAGGAAAUGAUAGGCUGGAUUUCUUUAGGUUUGAACAGUUCUGGUGAAGAGGAGCUGAACCACUGGACUGAGAUGAAAGAAUCAAAAGGACAACAAAUAUGUAGGUGGCACUCUUUAUUAGAAUCUUAAUAUACAAUUGAAGCUCCACUGAAUGUCACCGUACAAUGAGAUUGUUGUUUUCAUACAGCUAAAAGACUCUUACAGAAAUUACAAAUUUUUGUAUUUCAAAUUAACAUUCCUCUUUUAAAAGUGCACAAAAUGCUGUGAAGAAGUAUAAACAUUCACAUUUUCAUUUAAUAUUACUGAUUUUUUUAAAGCGCCAGAUACAGAAAACAGCAACUACAAGUGUUUAUCAUGGAACAUUUAGGAUUCUCUCACCUAUUCUUAUUUUGGUUAACAUACAACUUUUAUGUAAAUCCUUUAUUUGUAUGAAAUUCUCUUAUUGUCCCUCCCUUCCUUUUACUAGUGUUACGCUUCAUGUUGUAGAUGAUCUAUCAAGAAGCAGAAUGGGGGGAGAAGAAUGGUUAAAUGGCAGAAAAGAAAGCUCAACAAUAAGAGAGAAAUAUUGUAGGUUUGCUAUACUAGAAGUCUUGUUUUUUCCCCCCAUUCUUAGUGAUUUAACAUUUCUGACAGUGUACGUCUGAAGAGUUGCUAUGCAAGAGAAGCUAGAUGCUGACUACUUAUGAGAUUCUCUGUGGUGUCUGUUUUAAACAUGAUUUUCCCCCUCAGAGAGCUGAAACUGUUUUGAAAGAGAAUUACCAUUUAUGGUGCAAAGAUGCAUAACUUUCAUUCUUGAUAAAUAGGCUUUUGUAUUAUUUCAAAAGCUGUAAAACGUGUUUGACCAGAUUGUAAAUCUCACCUCUUAAAAAUUAUUGGGAUGGUGUCUUCAGUUUAACAUAUGUAUGAUGCAGGAUUAUUCAUUGUGUGCCUUCUUUGGAUCUUAAUGAAAUAGGACCCAGUGUAAGCACUGAGCACUUUUCAAUUUUCUGAUUCCUCAUUUGCCAGCUUGAAAGCACAGGAUCCAAAGAUUUGCACAAGGGAGCUUUGGAUAUGUGAUUUUGAAAAGCAGAAUUCUUUUCUUUGAAACUGUGCUUCCACAUAAAUGUUUCUAAUGGUACUAAUCAAAAUAUAUUGUGUGACUGUUCCAUCUUUCCUUAAUAAAAUUUCUAUGCUCAGAAAAAACAAGAAAGAGAAACUAUGGGAAAAAAACAUGGAGGUUUACAAGUAGAAGACAAUAAUAUCUAAUUUCUCCAUAAAAUUCUAUGAAUGCAAUAGGGCAAAGCAGUGUGAUGUAGUGGGAGGUCUAUUCUUCAAAGGAAAAAGGUAAAACAAUUCACUUGGCAUUCAGAAGUUCCUGGAUAUAAGUAAAGUAGUCCCUUUACCCAUUUAUAAGAGGCUUGGAGAAGCUGACAACAACUUGCAGGCAGUUUCUUCUCAUGGAUUUCUCAAUGAGAGUUGUUUAGUUUAAGUAAGAAAAAAGAAAGGAUUUCACUCAUAGAUGCUUUUUAACUAAGGUAUUUGGUCUUUAUAUGAAUUAUUGUUAUUGGAAGUUCAGAAUCUAAGAAAUACAUAAAUAUUUUUUUAAACAAAGUUUUAGAAAUUCAGUGAUGAUAAAAUUUUGGAAUAAUAAUAUCUGGAUAACUUUAGAUAAUGAAUUAAUCCCAGCAAUUAAUUCGCUUUCUUUCUCACACACAUGCACACAACCUUGAAAAAGACAGUUUCAUGAAUUACAAUAGUUGAUGUAUACAAGGAAUGAGCUUGUUUAUUCAAGAAUUCUUGCAAUAAAUGAUUUCAUUUCUUUCUUUUCAAUGAUUGCAAGAUUUCAGUUAUGUUGAAGGUUAAGAUACUGCUUGCCAUGAAUAUAGUGUAAAGAUCAUGACAGAAGAAAGUAUAACUUAACACCCACGAUGUCUAUGGAAUCUAUAUUGGUUGUAAACAUAGCCAGAACUGAUGACUUCUAUUUAAGUGCUAGAGAAACUGAAAAAAAGAAGGAUCAAUGCAUUUCCUUUUAUACUGUAUUUUCCGGCGUAUAAGACCACUUUUUAACCCCAAAAAAUUAUUUCAAAAAUUGGGAGUCGUCUUAUACGCUGGGUAUACCAAAAAACUAAAACAAAAGAAAAAGCAAUGCCGGCAAGCAAAAGGCCACACCUCCACCAGUGCAGAUUCUGACCUUUCAAUCGAUAACCUCGGUGCUUUUUGCCUGGGCACAUGGAUGGAUGAGCACUGGGAUGGCUUAAUAAGGUCUGGCUGGAGGAGGAAGGCGCUGAGCUCAAACUACGAAAGCCCGACAGCGUGGAGGCCUUCAGCCGGCUCGUGGGCGCCUGAAAGUAGGGGGUUGUCUUAUACGUCCAGUCACCUUAUAUGGCGGAAUAUAUGGUACUUAAAGUAGACUGAUUAAGUACAUGUUUAAUACUCUUACUCCCAAUAAUAUUGAAUGCUGCUAUGUUUGAGAUCAAAGACGUUGCAGACUUGCAUGAAUGAAUUCAAGUCCGUCACAUGAAGAAUGUGUAACGUUCCCAGUUUGAAAUUUUUUAAAAACCUCCUUAAAAUUUCUCAGCCGUAGUCUUAAAAUUGUUAUUCAGUGCCUUUCAUGUUUCACCACUUAAAUUUGUAACUAUAAUGUGAUGCUGAAUUGAUUGAUUUUAAAAGUUUAUCAAAUGAUUUUUUUCCCUGUGUUGCAUGAAAUGUAUAGCACAAGAAAUGUAACUUUGUUAAUAAAUACUGUUCAGGAUCUUUUGCAAACUUAAAUAUAAA